UCAAUGUGUGGAGCACCAGAUCUGAUUGUCCCCAUUUGGUUUAUUCUGCAUGUGACACUCACUGGCAUAGGAUUCCCCUUCCUCAUUCACUAUUUAAUUUGCUUAAUUUCUCACCAAAGUGCUCUCAUCUACCAUUCACUCUAAUAACAAAUUGGAAUGACCACUAGUCUAAUGAGGCUUUCACUUACUCUGCUACUAAUUAUGUUGGUAACUUCAGAAAUUUCAGAUGGGGAGUUUCAAGAAUGGUGCAUUGCUGAUGAGCAAUCACUAGAUGAGGAUUUACAGGCAGCUCUAGAUUGGGCAUGUGGAAAAGGAGGUUCAGAUUGCAGCAAGAUUCAAUUCAACCAAUCUUGCUAUAUCCCUAACACUUUAAUAGACCAUGCUUCUUAUGCCUUCAAUAACUACUUUCAGAAGUUUAAGCAUAAUGGAGGUAGUUGUUACUUCAAAGGAGCUGCUAUCACCACAGAAGUAGACCCAAGCAGCAGAGGUUGCCAAUUCGAAUAUCUUCCAUGAUUUGCCUUCUCCUCAAGGCUCAAACUAAUAAACAAUUAGUUUCGAUAUGGGAGAGAUAACAAUAACAUGAAUGAAUGCACAACAGGCAAAAACAUCUUGACUGUAACGUAACUUCAUUUUACAAAAGAACAUUGACUAUUUUAUUACAUGUAGAAGGGAGCCUGCAUGCACUUCUCUAUGUUUGUUAUUGAUAUUACAACAGACCACCGCCAAAAAAUAACAUGUCGGUUGCAAGUUUGAGUUUUAGUCAUUCGUGGGUAUAUUAGCUACAUCAUUUCUUAAUAAAACCGG